AUGGAGAAGGGGAAGUGGAAUGGGAGAGGAGAUAUUAUAGCAUUCGUGUACAUGGUGAUAGUGCAGUUAGGGUAUGUUGGUAUGAAUAUCAUAGCAAAAUUGGCGAUGAAUACCGGAAUGAGUCCUUUUGUGCAAGUCGCAUAUCGCCAACUUUUCGCUACGCUUUCUAUUCUUCCUCUUGCUUACUUCAUCGAGAGGAAUAACCGCCCUAAAAUGACACGAAGUAUCUUAUUCCAGAUCUUCUUAUGUUCCAUAUCUGGAGUGACAGUGAAUCAAAUCACAUAUUUCGUGGGACUGAAGAAUUCAACUCCAACAAUCGCAUGCGCGUUAACCAACAUUAAUCCGGCCGUCACCUUUAUCAUGGCUGUCGCCUUUCGAGAGGAGUGCUCCAAGCAACACCCACCCCAGUUUAAUUCUAGGCCUUUUCUCCUCAUUCUCAGUGCUGUUUCUUGGGCUGUCUACUUGAUCAUCCAAGCAAAAGUAAGCAUGAACUACAAUGUUCCCUUCUCAUGCACGGCCAUAAUGUGCGCGAUGGCAACUGUCCAGUGUGUGGCCGUGGCCUUCGCCAUGGAGCCUACACUAUCUGCUUGGUCCCUCGCUUCCGAACUUAGGCUCACCUCAUCCAUCUACGCAGUAUAA